UCAAAAACCUUUCUGCCUUCAAAAACCUCAUUCAUACACAGAGGGAACACAAAACCACAAAAAAAAAAAAAAACUCAAAAUCUCUGAUUCAUGAAUCAUCGAAGAUUCUGAUUCUAUGGAGGCAUUGAACGAGCUUUGCGACAUCAUAGAGCAAAAUCCGAAGCAAUUUUUGGAUAAGCUUCCUUGGAUAUGCCAACAAUGUCCGCAACCGAAGCUGCUUUGCGCCGAAUCGCCCAGGGUUUCUCAGAGUCAUCUCAACGGGGUCUUAGCCGUCACUCGAAUCCUCUCCAGGAACCUCGACACAUCCCAAAACGACGCCAAAUUCGUCGUUUUAGAUUUCCUCCAAGCUCUGCGUUCGUCGAUUUCGGCGUUCUAUUUCAGUUUCUUAGGUUACGUUUCGUGUCUUUCACUUGAAUUUGGUACUAUCGUUGUGGAGCUUGUUAUGAUGAGUUGUUGUGGUGAGACUGAGAGUGAAGACAGAGAUCAAUCGAUCUCUAUGGCUUUCUUGUCUGCUGUGUCUCAGCAUUUUCCCACUAUUCAGCAGUCUGAUGGGGAUAAUUUGAUUACAGUGCUGCUCCAUCAGUUUCCUGCUGAUGAGCUGAGUAUCGGAUACAGUAAGGGUUCUAAAGAUGUGUUUUUGCAUAAAGUGGCUUCUUUUGAGGAUGAAUCCAUUGAGUGUUUGGAGAAGCAAGAGAUUGCUUUCAAAUUGGUAACCAAUGUUUUGUGUAAAGUGAAACUUGAUUCUCAGCUAUACCUUCUGGUGAGAUCCAUAGCUAAGCGGCAGCUCCAAUCAAUGUAUGCGUUUCUCAAGUCAAGAAGGCAGGACUGGAACACACAAGACCCACUUCUGAAAACUAGGGUCAAUGCCAAACUGUUUGUGUAUCAGGCUGCGGCUCAAAUGGAAAUUGGUAGUCUUAUGUCCCUUGAAACAGAUGGAAAGAAAAGAUUGAUCAUGGAAGCUCUUACAUUGCUAAUAAAUAUUGCAGAGGCCUGCUUCACCUCCCUGUGGCGGAGUAUGAAAGCCUGCAAAGAUUUGUUCAUCUCUCUGCUUUCUGGUACUGCAAAAAUUGCAACGGCAGAGGCAGGACAGCCACUUCGUCUUUUGCUUACCCGACUUAAACCAUUGAUACUAGCUGUCUGCGCUCAGCCUGAUACUAGUGUGAGCAGUCAAGGGAAUAUGUUUGAGAGCGUAUUUAAAAUAAGUUGUGAGAUAAUUGUAUCUGGUUGGGCUAAGGAUCAAGCUUCAGUGAACGCCUUCAUCGUGGGGUUAGCUUCAAGUAUUCGUGAAAGAUAUGAUUAUGGCGAGCAGGAUGGUAGAGAGAAGCAAGUUCCUGAUGUCCUGCUGAAUGUAAUCCAGCUGCUUGCUGAUAUCAGCGUUGCUGUUAAAAAGCCUGAAGUAGCAGACAAAAAUUUCCCAUCUUUGAUUGAAAGCCUAGACGAAUGUGAUGUUUCAAGUCCUCACUCUUUGCGACUCCAACUUCUCGAAGUUGUAUCUCGGAUAGCAUCCUUAGGAUUUGAGAAGUCCUACCGUCAGACUGUAGUUCUGAUGAGGAGAAGUUACUUGAGCCAAAUAUCUGUGGAAAGCAACACAUCAGCCCCAGAAUCCAGAUCUAAACACAUUGAGACUCUGCCUGCAGGUUUUCUUACAAUUGCUUGUGGUCUUAUGAAGACAAAAUUGCGUGCAGACUAUCGCCAUCGGCUGCUUUCCUUAUGUUCAGAUGUAGGCCUUGCUUCUGAGUCCAAAAGUGGAGGGAGCGGUGCAGAAUUUUUAGGCCCCCUUCUUCCUGCUGUUGCAGAAAUAUGUUCGGAUUUCGAUCCCAACUCAAAUGUGGAACCAUCACUUAUAAAAUUGUUUCGCAAUUUAUGGUUCUAUAUAGCUCUUUUUGGCUUAGCACCUCCUAUUCUGAACACUCCCCUUUCGGAAGUAAAAACAACUUCUAAAUCAGUGAAUAGUGCAGGAAGAAUUAGCACAUUCUCUCUACGAGCUGUACUAGGGCCUUACAUGUGGAAUACUCAAUGGGCUCUUGCUGUUAAGAGGAUUUCUCAGGGCAGUACUCCCCUUGUUGUCAGUUCUGCAAAAUGGCUCGAAGACGAAUUUGAGCUCAAUUUGCUUCAUAAUUCAGAUAGCUUGCGAGGAACUGGGAAUAAGAAAGUAGCUUCAGCUCAGAGAACUGCUCUUUCAAUUGUCGUGGGUGGUCGAAUUGACAUGUCAAGAAAUUCUAUUAUACAGAGGCUGCAAAUGGUUGCUUAAAACAAAAAAAAGUGAAUUGAAUAAAAUUGGGUUGAAUAAUCUUCAACUCAUUCAUUUCCAAAAUAGUGGUUGAACAAGUUGAAUAUUUUUGCCGUACAAUUUCUGCUAUUAUUUUUGAUCUGCCAAGGA